UACUCGGCGACACGUCGAGCCUCUGGCAUUUGUCAAUGACAGGUUGCUUUCAUUUUCUAUGCCUUGUUUGAUAACUCGGAUGGUUGGAGCAGGAAACAGGCGAGCAUGCAUAGAGCCGCAUACACCGUGUUACAUGACUGGACAAACAGGGCCGUCCCAUUGACUGUACGGCGCAGCUCAAAAAGCAGAGCGUUCCUGUGGAGCUCGCGUGAUUACAGUGUGGUCCCGCCCCCGCGUGACAGGGCAGAGAAGGAGAUGAUCGACCGCAUCCUACGUGUGGACCAUGCUGGUGAAUAUGGUGCCAAUCGCAUCUAUGCCGGCCAGAUGGCGGUGUUGGGCAGGUCUCAUACUGGAACUCUCAUCCAGGAAAUGUGGGAUCAAGAAAAAAAACACCUUGAGAAAUUCAAUGAAAUACUUGCUGAGAGCAGAGUUCGGCCAACAGCACUGUUACCUCUUUGGAAUGUUGCUGGCUAUUUAUUAGGGGCCUCUACUGCAAUGUUGGGCAAGGAGGUUGCCAUGGCCUGCACUGUGGCAGUGGAGGAGAGCAUCUCUGAACACUAUAACAGCCAGAUAAGAACUCUGAUGGAGAAGGAUCCUGACAGAUAUACUGAACUAUUAAAAGUUUUAAAAGAGUUCCGAGAUGACGAGAUGGAGCAUCACGAUAUAGGAUUGGAACAUGAUGCUGAAUCUGUACCUGGAUACUGGCUACUUAAAAAUGCUAUCCAGCUUGGGUGCAAAGCUGCAAUUUAUGCUUCUCAACAUGUGUAACUUUUUAUAUUAAAAAAAAUAAAUAAAACUUUGCUUGUUUUAAUACUUUGAAUGGUUUUGCAGUUCCAAUAUUACAUACAGUUGCAAGACAGUAAGUGAACUAUUUGGAAUUACCUGGAUUUCUGCAUGAAUUGGCCAUAAAAUGUGAUCUGAUUUUCAUCUAAGGCACAGAAAUAGACAAACACAGUUUUGUUUAACUAAUUCCAUACAGACAAUUCUGGGCACCAAUCAGCUGACUCUGGGCACCAGCCAAUCGCAGGGAACAUAUAAACAAACAACCGUUUGCACACACAUUCACACCUACGGGCAAUUUAGAGUCUUCAAUUAACCUACCAUGCAUGUUUUUGGGAUGUGGGAGGAAACCUACGCAGGCACUGGAGGACAUGCAAACGUCACACAGGUGAGACUGGAUUUGAUACCGGAUCCUCAGAAAACCAUACAAAAUUAGUGAGGGAUCAAAUAAUUAUUUCCUCCACUCUAUACAGCACUGCAGUAGUAGCUUCAGUAUUCAUAUGUACUGGGUGUACUGUUUAUACAGUAUGUACUGAUAGUGGCACUUUGAAAGCUCUUGUGCGACAUCACAUUUGAGUGUACAAGUGCCCAAUCAGUUUAUUUUGUAGAUCAAUCUAACAAGAACAUUUGCAAACUCAAAUCCACACAUUCCGUCGUCAUUACCUUUCCUGGUGUAAUGCCACAUGGUACAAUUUGCUGCAAGCGUUUAUUCUUGAUUGUUAAAAGGUCAAAUAGCAUGCAGAAUUUAGAUUGAUACCGCUCAUAUGCACUUGAUUUUUUUUAAUUUUUAUUUAUUAUAAUUUUUUUAACAGCACAAUUUUUCUCAACAGUCUUUAUCUCAGCAGAAAUGUCUUAGAGUUGAUUUGUAGCCCAAGUUGGCAAGCUUUGAUCGAUCUAUCUACUUUUGCAGUUAUUUUAGCUGAGGUGGAUUGCACAGCAGAUCUGACCUUAAGGGUCAAUGUGUCACAUGGUCCCCCAUUUCCUAAAAAUAACAUUCACUGUCCUUCCUUUCAAAUAACCCAAACACUGGCAUGCUUGUUGUUAUAACAUUUAGGAGAUAAUGUAAGGGUACUGACUGAUUGAAUAACUUAAGAUCUGCAGAAUAAGUUAAGGCAUUUUAUCAAUUCAUCUUUCUGAAGGAGAGGAGAGGAAGGUCAAGUCCCUUAGUGAACUGAAUUGUAUCCAUUGUAUUCACUUGUAGCAAUAUGAAGAAGAAGAAUGAGCUUUUUCUAAUAUCUGAAAGCUAUGAUUUGUUUAAUAUGGCUUUGCAAAAUUGUUAUAUAACAAGAUGAGGUACUGAACACUUUUAAGAUCAGUAAGCAUCUCUGCUCAUCAUUCAUAGUGCUGAGUUUUGUGCAGGUUGCAGCUGUGAGAAAAAGGAAAUUAAGGUAUAGUAGAUCUGCAUUUUUGGAACUGCCCCAAAAAACACUAACUACUGUAAUUUGCGAAUGGACGGGUUUUGAACUGUCAAUACUGUAUUACCCAGAUCAACAUCAUUCUGUCUUCAUCAUGAGUGUGUGAAUUGUUAACAUUCCUUUCUUUAAAUCGCUUGCAUUCAAAGGAUUUUUCAGAAAUGAAGAAAUUGGCAACAGGGAAUUGAAAAGUCCAAUAAAACGUAGCUAAGCUCGUGGAGUCUGUGACAGCCAUAAAUAAUUUUCAUUGUAAAUCUGUCCCAACAGUAGUAAAAUCUUUCGGAUACAAGUAGUAAUGCCCUUUGGCUUCAGGCUCUGCAGACUGCUCAGUGGCCUGUCUGUGGUUUAUUAUAACUAAGACUCUAGCAUCAGUUUUGUCUGAAGCACUGAUUUAUAGUUUACAUGUCUGACAACUUUCAUUCUGUCUGAUUUUUUUAAAUUUCUUUUAACAAGGCUUCAUCGCAUAUAAGCCUUUUAAAAGUGAUGGAUUGCUUUACUAUAUUGUACAGUAUGAUCUUUGUUUCAUCUGCAUUGAGCACCAGGGCAAAUUCCUUGCAAAGUAAAAGCAGAUUUUCUUUUUUCUUUUUUUUUUUUUUGGGCGACAAUAUCAACAUCGGAACACGUUACACAUAAUUGGAGGUGUAUUAAAAAGUAUUUUAAAAAAGUUAUAAAGACUUUUCAGUGUGACUACUACAAUAACAAACAGUAAAAUGAAUACUUAUAUGAUAGUAUCAAUCAAAACUGAGAAAUAGUAUCUUCAUUAAAUAUAUUUUUAUACAGCUCUUGCAUUGGAUCUCAUUAGAUUGUGCAGUUGAAUCUAAUCUUGUGGCCAGAUAGAGGAGAUAGCACUAAAAGCCCACUCCAAGUAAACUUUGUGUAUUCUCUUUACAAACAUACUUUAACAGUAUCAAAUUUCUCAUUGAAAUAAUGCCAUUAGUCAAACUACAGAUUGACAGACAGACGCUUUAUUCAUCCUGUGAGGAAAAUAUUAAUAACAAACAAUAGAUCAUUUCCAGGUCCUGCCUGCUGCUUAGUAACAUAAAAGUUUUUUUUUCAAACGUAAAGUAAUCAUUAGUUGCCACAUUUUAUAUAUAUAUAUAUAUAUAUAUAUAUAUAUAUAUAUAUAGUGGUACAUAACCAGGUCUAGUCAAUUCAAGUUUAUUUGUAUUGCCUUUAAUCACAAAACAUUGUCAUUAUGACAAUAACAUUUGGUAAGCCUGCCCGUUUGACUGUGGAGGGUGAUAAACAUGGAUGCUAUCAAGUCAUCUGAAAUUUCAUUUGUGUAUAGAAUCAUGUACCUAACUAGAGGCUCCCAGAAGUGAAAAGCAGUUAGUUCGAACAGACUCACUCAAUCUUCUCAAACAUUCGGUUAACCAGGUCAACUAUUCACAUUCAGCAGCAGCAUGCGCUUACAGGAAACACCCACACUCAGGCAGGAAACUUUAUAAAUAGUAAACAGUACACAUUUUACUGUCCAGUUUGGCAUACUUGGAGCAUACGUACCUCUUGCAUGGUGUCACUGGAUGCUUUAGUUGUGGGAAUCUAAAGGUGAUGUAACUGCAUUAGUGUAAAUACCGCUGUAAAAUGUAUUUCGGAAAGUUACUGUUUUUUUUCCCAUUUAUUCCUAAAAUGUUUUGUGUGUGUGUGGCCUAAACUACCUAUAACCACAUUGUGAGACAAAUAUUGAAUACUAUUAAUAUUGCAUUUUAUACACACAGCAUACUAAAUAUUGCAUUUAGCAGGAUUAAACUGUUAGUGCAGGUCCGGUCUGCAAUACAGUACUCAAGGAAUGUGACAAACUUGCUGAUGAGUGUGUUUGUGUGCUCAGCAUGGUGUGACAUAUUGCUGGUUAUACAUUAAUAUAUCAAUAGAGCGCUGGUGGUCAUCUAUUCUAGCAUAAUUACAAGGCCACUUUGGAGCUUCACGUCGUGUACCCAAAACACACUUAAAAACUGUUAAGCCACAGCAGAGCUCAGGCUGGAAUUAUAGGCCUCCAGACACCGUGUAAAUUGAGGAAUUUGUGGAAUGAAGUGAACAACAUGCCAUUUUUCAGCAUUUUUGCUACAUAAGACUGGCUAAUAUGUCAUUAUCAUUUACCAAGCUGCACAAAAUGAUUUUGUCAGGACUAAUAAAUCAGAGUUUGUCUUAGUCUGUCUCCAGAAGCUCGUUUAAAGUCCAAAGCACAUUUCUGUCUGUGAUAUUUACAAAUUUGUAGUGUUGCCACAGUUACCUUGAUAAGGUAACUUAGUUACUUUACUGAUUACUUGAGCUUAGAACUAACUUAGUUACUUUACUGAUUACUUGAUUUCAAAAGUAACUAAAUUAGAAAAAAAGUAACUUUUUAGUUACUUUCGGCAGCUGUCAAGUGUAGUAAUAUCACUUAUCCACAGUACAAAACAAGCAUUAGCUUAACCGUACCCAUUACUUGGUAAUGUAUGCCACACAAGUUACAGAAGGAUGUCAUCAACAUGAAAAAAAAAAACUUAAAUAUGAGUGUAGUUGAAACCACAUUAAAUGAGCAACUUAGAGCACACUUGACAUGCCAAAUAGCCACCUAAAUAGAUAGCAUUCUCAGUACACUUCUUUAAAGACUAUUAACUGAUAGACAGACACAGACUGUAGCAACCCUGCCGACUGUGUGGGGGUCCAUUAAGGCAACUGUGUGUGUGUGUGCGCACGCGCAUAGUGUACAACGAACCUUACUUAGUAUUGUCCUCUUUAGAGAAAAUCAUUUUUGGAAUAAUGCGUUACCGGCACCACUGCAAAUUUGCCAUCGUGAUGUUCCACGUGUUUCACGUGGUAUGAGUCUUUUGACAUUAAAUUUGAUUGUAAAUGUAGAAUUUGUACCUAAUUGUGUUUUGUAUAGGGUAAUUUAGUUGUAAGUGGUUCAGGAAAAAGUGCUUUAUCCUUUUUUCCCCCCACUAAAUUAGUCACCCCAAACCGUUUCCUAAAAAUCUACCCUCGUCAUGGCUCGUACAUCUAUCACAGUUGUAGAGUGUGACCACACAAUUCCACUUAAAACCGGUUUUUAUAUAUAUUUUUUUAUAUUAUUAUUAUUUUAGGCGGCACGGGGGACGACUGGUGACCACAUCUGCCUCACAGUUCUGAGGACCGGGGUUCAAAUCCCGGCCUCGCCUGUGUGGAGUUUGUCCCGUGCCUUUGUGGGUUUUCUCCGGGUCCUCCGGUUUCCUCCCACAUCCCAAAACAUGCAUGGUAGGUUAAAUGAAUACACUAAAUUGCCCGUAGGUGUGAA